AGGCUUCAGGGACUUUCUGCCCGGCCCUCCUGCUUGUUUCUGCUUUUGGUGAAGUCAGGCCCGAGCCCUGCUGGACUGUGGCCUGGGGGAGGUGAGAUGUGCCUGAGGAUAUUGCUGUGGCUCCAGGCAUUGACAGCCUAAACCUUUGCCUUCCAGGUCCCUCCCUCCCAGUCGCUCUGGUACUUCCUUCCAGUGUGGAAAUUGAUCGGUUGGAGUUAUGCAUUUGACCUGCAAGAGCCACGCUGCCGGUGCUUCGGGGAUCUUGUGAACUGGAACGGGAAAGGAGCCCGCCGGCAGGUGGAAUGGGGCAGCCAUGAACGGCGAUGCCCUGUGCCAGGAGCCCUCCUCCCCGCUCCCCGACUGGAGGGAGUUCUGCAAGCUGCACGCCCAGGCAGCCGCCGUGGACUUCGCCCAGAAGUUCUGCCAGUUCCUGAAGGAGAACCCCCACUACGACACCCCCGGGGCAGAGACCUCCUUCUCCCACCAUUUCACCGCCAACUUCCUGGACAUCUUCAGCCUGGAGGUCAGCAGGGUGUUCGUGUCUGACUCUCCCACCAAGUACAACAUCGUGCCCUUCGUGGGGCUGCAGAACUGCCACGUCCCCUACGGGCGGGAGGUCACCAGGAAGGAGGAGACCUCCACGGAGUCUCUGGACAGCAUGGACGCCCCGCUGGGCGCCAGCCGCUACCUGACCCCGGCCCAGCAGGUGCAGGCUCACAAAGUCUCCUCCUACGGGCAGUCCCGCAGCUCGGAGGAUGUCUCCAUCCACGCUGCUGCCAAGCCCAAGUUCAAGAAAGGUUUCUCCUUGAGGAACAUGAGCCUGUGCGUGGUGGAUGGCAUGAAGGAGAUGUGGCACCGCAAAUCCUCUCCAGAGCCGGGGGCCGAGGCUGCUCUGGGCGGGCGCAGAGCCGAGAGGGAGCCGUGGCCGGCCGGGGGCAAGGAGCCUGGGGACCCUCGGGAGAAAUGGACACACAAGCUGCGCCUAUCCAAGGUGCCCUCGUCCAAGGUGGAGCUGGUGGACAUCCAGAGGGAGGGGACGCUGCGCUACAUGGUGGCCGAUGACACGAACUGUGUGGGCAGCUCGCAGUGGCAGAAGUGCCGCCUCCUGCUGCGCAAAGCGGUGAAGGUGGAAGGGGAGAGGUUCCUCCUGGAGUUUUAUGUCCCUCCAAAGGCUUCCAAACCCAAGGUGAGCAUCCCGCUGUCGGCCAUCAUCGAGGUGCGCACCACCAUGCCCCUGGAGAUGCCUGACAAAGACAACACCUUUGUCCUAAAGGUGGAGAAUGGGGCCGAGUACAUCCUGGAGACCAUCGACUCCCUGCAGAAGCACUCGUGGGUGGCUGAUAUCCAGGACUGCAUCGACCCUGGGGACAGUGGGGACGACAUUGAGCUGGUGUCCUGUGCACAGGGACCCUGUCUGCCAGGCAGGACAACCUCGUCCAGCUGCGAGUUCCUGAAUGAUGAGGCACCCAGGCCACCAGACAGAUGUGCCCUGCCCAUCUCUCACAACGCUGCCAUGGCCACCUCUGUCCCCGUGCCCCCCGGCCGGGGCAGGGACUCCCUGGGGGAGCUCCUCACCCACGUCCCACUGGAAAACUUCCUGCAGACGCUGGAAUCCUCCCCUACUGCUGGUGGGCACCUCACAGGGGAGGACAGCGAGGCCGAGGCUGAGAUCAACCUGUCCGACUUCCCCUGGUUCCACGGGACCCUGUCCCGCAUCAAGGCAGCCCAGCUGGUGCUGUUUGGGGGCGCCCGCAGCCACGGGCUGUUCGUCAUCCGGCAGAGCGAGACACGGCCGGGCGAGUACGUGCUGACCUUCAACUUCCAGGGCAAAGCCAAGCACCUGCGGCUGUCGCUGAACGAGAGUGGGCAGUGCCACGUGCAGCACCUCUGGUUCCAGACCAUCUUCGACAUGCUGCGCCACUUCCACACGCACCCCAUCCCGCUGGAGUCGGGCGGCGCCGCCGACAUCACCCUGCGCAGCUACGUGGUGGCACAGAGCCCGCAGCCAGACACCGGCCCCCCGCCGCCCCUGGUGUCGCAGCCCCCGGGCUGCCGGGUCGACCUGCCACCUCCACACUACUUCUGCAGCACAGCCCCCCCGGGCCCGCCGCCGCCCGCCGAGGGAGGGGUGCCCGUGGCCCCCGCCGCCCCGGCCCCCGCACCCUACCACCGCCUGGAGGGUGCCCUGGGCCCCCGCAGCCGCAGCGACAGCGCCGAGCGCCGGCCGGAGCCCUCUGCCGCCGGCGCCGAGGACUACCACGAGGCUGACAGCGCCCGGAGCCGCACCCGGGCCGUGGAAAACCAGUACUCCUUCUACUGAGCCCCCCGGGCACGGGGGACAGCGGGGCAGCUGUGCCCCUCACCUGCACCGGCCUCGCCACCUCCUCCUGCUACCACCAGCCACCCAGCCGGGAUGGGAUGUGCUCCUCGAUCCCUGCUGCUUGUGGGAGCUGUGCCAGUGCUGGGCAAUGCCCUGUGUCUCUG